GUUACCACAACCAAACAAAAUCAAAAAACCCACAUCAUCCAUCGUCCAUCCGUAGAUCGGGCAGCAGAUCUUCAUCAUCCAUCGUUCUCCUUCUCGACUUCUCCUCUCUCCAGUCUCCAUUCUUCAGUCUCCGUCCUUUUUCCGGCGAAGAAGAAACCACAAGGCAGUAGAUCGGGCAGCAGAUCAGCGUUUAUCGUCUCUCUAGCAGAUCGAUGGUCAGCAGGCAGCAGCAAAUCAGCGUUCACCCACCAGAGGCCUUCACCGUCGCGUCCAUCCGAGGGUGCUGCCGACCGAUCAAAUUGGAAACCGGUGAGCAAACCGGUUCAAUCACCGGUCCGGUUUUAAAAACCAGGAUGGGACAUAAGCUUGAAUCUGAUGCUAGCCUCUCACACGUGGAAUCACCCACCAGCGAUUUGAAAGAUGAAUCAUCAGCAUCCGCUUCCCAAAGUUACCGCCAUUUAACACCUGUAAGCGCUCACCUCCAGACAUGUCAAUCUCCUUUCACUUUUCCCUCUUUUACACUCCGACCAAUGGCAUCCGAUCAAGCCCAAGCUCGCCGCCGAGGUAAUACCAUAGUGGAGAGAGAGAUUCACCAGGUGGAGAAAGAGAGAGUCCCCAUGAUGGCCAGUCACUUUGAGUCUCUCGUGGACAGAGCUAGAGAAUCGGAUAUCAGCACCGGCGGUAAAGUUUCUCCUCAUGAGUGCCAAAGAGACUCGCAUGAUAACAAAGAAAGGAGAGGAAAUAAUGUUGGUGAUGCGGCUGGUGCUGGGAAAGCGAGAGAGAGCCACGAGCUUGGAGCUCGUGCGGUCGAGUCUCCCUCUGUAAAACUAAGGGACGUAAAUGUGUCCGGCCUUGAAAGAGGAGAGGAGAAAGAUAGACAGGAAGGGAGGACAGGUGGGGCGUUUUCUGUAGGGAAUUUGAGAAAUCAAAGACCAGAGCAGCAUACUCUAGGCGAAAUUUCUCAGCUCAGAGAGGCAGCACAGCAGAACUCCAUGGAGGCAAUAAGAGCAGCAGAGGAGCGAUACAACAAGGCUAAGGAUUCAGCAAUUCAAGGGCUUAAUGCUGCUAGUGAGCAGACCAGAGAAAAGGGCGCAUUAAAGGACACAUCUGCUCAGCAAGUUGCUCACUUUAGCUCAGGGCAGGAUCCCCAAGCAAAAGACGAUCUUCACAGUGAUUGGAAUAGCCUAGGCCAGGAUCACCAAGCUAGCCAAGAGCAGGGUCACCAAAUUAGCGAAAGGCAGUGCCACCAAGCUAGCCAAGGCCAGAGUCACCAAGCUAGCCGAGAGCAGAGUCACCAAGUUAGGCAAGGGCAAGGUCACCAUGCUAGCCAAGGCCAGAAUCACCAAGUUAGCCAAGGGCAGGGUCACCAAGCAAAAGAAUUUGUCCAUGAGGCUAAACAGAGUGCCCUGCCAGAGGACACUAUGCGGGUUCAGUUUAGCCAAGGACAAGGCACCCAAUCAAAAGGCACUGGUCGACAUGCCAGAGACACCACUAUCGAAGGCCUUAGUGCUGUGAAUCAGCAUGCCAAAGAGAGAGGUACUCAAGCCAAUGACAACACCCAAAAAACUUCACAAUCUCAAUGGGAGAGAACAGGAGAGGCUAAAGACAGAUCAAACCAAGGACACAAUGUUUCAAAUGAGCGUGCUAAUGAGAAGGGUACUCAAGCCAAGGGCUGCAUUCUUCAAAAUUCUCAUCAAUAUGCCACAGAAAAGAGUUCACAAGCAAAAGAUGUUGUCCUUGAAGGUGCGCAAAAGACUUCACAGCAUCUUUCGGAGAAAACCGGCAACGCCAAACAUGCCCUUACAAAUGUAGGUGAGACUGGAUUAAAAUAUACACAACAAGCUAAAGACUGCGCGUUGCAAGCCAAGGAUACCGUAGUGGAUGUUAGUAAAAAUGCUGCAAGUUACACUGGAGAGAAGAUAGUGGCUACCAAGGAUGUGGCAGUGGAGAGCAGAAAAGAGGCUGCAGAUAUGAAGGAGAAGGCGCCUGUGGUUGGUUGGAGUGCAGCACAUUAUACAACUGAGAAAGCAGUGGAGGGGACAAAGAUUGCUGCCAAGGUGGUACAAGAAGCUGGCCAAAAGGCAGUGGAGGUUGCUGCCAAGCCUUUAUUAAAUGUAGCCAAAGAUGCUGUUGCUGCUAUUGGCGAGACCUUGAAGGAGUACAUUGCCAGGAAGAAAGAAGUGGCAGAGAGAGAAUUUGAGGCCAAAAAAUCAACUGAAAAACAGGGAUUUGAAAACAGAGAAGAACAAGAGGAUAGUAAUCAAGACCAAGAGAAUUAUGAAUCACAACCAAAACAGAGGAAGAACAAGGCAAUUAUGCCUGCCAAAUGGGGUAUACAAAAGGAGGUGGAGGCCGAGGAACCAACACAAGAGAGUCGUACAACACAACAAAAAAGGAGGAAUGUGGAGGUGGGAAAAGAAGAACAGGGAAACAAGGGACCUCAGGAACGUGGAAGAUCCUGGGAAGAAACUAAACAGCACAAAGGAUCCCAAGAACAGGAAAGAAAAAUGAGGAAUGUGGAGGUGGGAAAAGAAGAACAGGUGAACAAGGGACCUCAGGAACGUGGAAGAUCCUGGGAAGAAACUAAACAGCAAAAAGGAUCUCAAGAACAGGAAAGAAUGCAAGCAGAAGUAGGAGAAGUUGGAGGAGUGCUGGGAGCCAUUGGUGAAACUAUAGUUGAAAUUGCACAAACAGCCAAAGACAUGGUCAUUGGGCCAGACCAGGAUUAGUACGAGAUGCAGUGGAAGCAAGGUCGUGAGUAAAGCAGCUAUUAGAUCGUGAUUAUGUAUUCUAUCCGGAGUUAAUUUAGAGUUUUUAUGUUCAUGUGUACUACUUGUUGUCUGUCUCUUUUUGUUUUUAUUUUUUCUUUUUAUUUCUCGUUCGGUAUUAAAAUAUGUUAUUAUAU